CUUGAACAGUUAAACAACAAAGGCAACCGCGCAAUCACAGCUAAAAUGCGCUUCUUCGCCUCCAAUCCAAACCUGCUUUACCUUUUCUUUUUCUUAUCUAUCAAUGCCAAUGUCAACUUUUCUAUUCUUUCACUACAAACAACACACUCAGAAUUUUAAUGGAAGAUGAGAUGUUAUCAGGCAAUGAAUUGGGAGUAAAACUGAUGACUGAUGAUCAAAUGGAGAUGCUUCGGAAACAGAUUUCUGUUUAUACUACUCUCUGUCAAAGUCUGGUUCAGAUGCAUAACUCCAUUUCUGCUCGACAAGAUUUCUCAGGAAUGAGGGUGGCAAGCUCAUAUAAUGCUCCGUUUUGGUCGUAUACACUGAACAAGAUUCCUUCUAGGCAGCGAUGGGCUCCGAAACAAGAACAGCUUCAGAAACUAGAAAGUUUUUAUAAUGAAUCCAAUGUAACUCCGGAUAGGCAGAAGAUCAAAUCCAUAGCUGCUCAACUUUCAAUGCACGGACCGAUUUCAGAAACAAAUGUCUAUAACUGGUUCCAGAACAGAAGGGCUCGUUCUAAAAGAAAGAAAUCAGCUUUGCCGCCACCAGACAAUACGGAAUCUGAACCUGAAGUUUCUAAAGACGAGAGGACGAAACCUGAUGAUGUCCAACUGGAUGAGAAUCUACAACUUAUGGUUAACCAAAUGUAUUUCCAGAGUCCUGAGAUAGGAGGGAUUGAUCAGUUGAUGGGCAACUCUCAAGUUCCAGUGAGCUAUACUCCAUUUUGGCAGGCGGAGCAUGAGUUGCUUGGAUGAUCAUGCUAGGGAAACGGACAGACAUGGCAAGAGAUUUUCAUUUAUACACGUUUUUGAUAGCUAGGUUUCUUAGUAUCUGAAUCAGUAGAUCGUGCGUGUAAGGUCUCUUGAUAAUUUAAUUUCAAUUUACUUGGUUUGUUGGAAUUGUUUGUUAAUUUGAGAUUUCUCUUUCCGUCCGACGGGUGGAUGAAACAACAGUUAAUGAGAUUUUGCAUUGUUGAUUCA